CAUGCCAAACGUAUAAACUACACUGAAGUGUGAGAGGCAUACCCUCAAAAGUUUUAAACGUGGCAGAUACAAUGUGUUUCACCAUGUUAUGUACAGCAGCAGCAGCAGCCAGGGUAGUCUGUCCUACCAGGUCUCACACACAGUAUUACUGUUGUACCAUGUGGGUGUGUUGCUGUCUCUCACAUAUUAAUGUGUACCACUUGAACUGUCCAUUAUUAAUGUAAGUGUCAUAUGAUACUGAACAUUUACAUGAUAGAUCUGUGGAAUAUAAACUAGAGGCAUCACAGCCAGUGCAUUGAUCUCAGCAUUGCAAGUGGUCUGUGUACUGUGAAUUAAUUCAUUAUAAUGACAUUUUUGGUUUGUUUCUGUGAUUUUAAUGGAUGAAUAAUAUAGUGACUAUAAUUCAAAGAUAAUAUUAAAAACAGGGGAGAUAAUCUCGAGAAAUGUGAAACUGCUAAUCAUAGCAGCUAAAGUGAGUGUGCGCCACAGCUAUAAUUUUAUAGCAUAAUAUUGGGCCUACGUCAUAAUACCAUCUAUUACAAGUAUGGAGACCCCUACAGGAAACCCAGAUGUAGCCACAGAUGCAGCUGUGACAGUGAUGAGCCAGGCAGACUAUAAUGACAAGCUGGAAACUUACCAGGCUUUUAUACAAGUCAAAUCAACUCAGAUGACACAGCUGAGUGAGUUGCUGAAAAAUGUGCGUGAGGGUAAGCAGCCACUUGCACAGGUCAAGGAUUCAUUGCAGCAAGAGAUCAAUGCUGCUAAUAGUGCCAUAAAUAUAAUUUCUGAAGAAGUUACCCACCUGAAGCAAAAGCUGCGUUAUCAUAAUGUGAAGCAGAUUCAUGGUAAUAUUGAGCGACUGGAGUACCAGCUACGAAACAACAAUUACAAACCAAGGGAAGAGCAAAAAAUUCUAGACGAGAUAUCUAUGCUUCAAAGAUCAGUCAAGACUCUUCGGGAGUAUGAAGCUAAGCAAGCAGAGAACAAAAAAUAUCGUGGGGAGAGAGCAAGACUAAUAGAAGAGCGUAACAGCAAUUACUCAAAGAUCCGAGCUCUAUACACACAAGAAGAUGAAAUAAAGAAAGAAAUGGCAGCUGUCAGAGGAGAUAUAUCAUUAAAUAAAAAGGCUAUGGAACAACUAAAGCAAAUGAAACCUAAGUUGGAACAAGGAUGGCUAGCACAUCAUCAAAAACUACAAGCUGCACGCAACAAGCGAUAUGAAGACAAAAAACGGUUAAGACAAGAAAUGACAAGAGAGCGCCAAGAAGAAAGACGAAAAUUGUGGGAAGAAUACGAGGCAAGUAAAGAACCAUAUGAGGAGGAAAAAAAUUUGUGCCGAGUGUUGAUAUCAUAUCUACAGUCUUCAGUGGGAGGCAUCACUCCUACACCAACUUCAUCUACCCAGUUCCUAUACCCAGGUCAAACACCUGUCACCACACCAUCUACACCAAGGUCUUUGACAAAAACUUUGUUAUCUCCUGAUACGCCAACCAAAGUACCAGCUAUCACUUCAUGUUCAAAAGAGCCAUCUAGCAACCAGUUAUUAAAUGAUACAAGUUCUUUAAAUGAACCCACAACCUCUUCAGAGACUAAAAAUACUUGUUCCUCAAUGCUUCCACCAAAUACAUCUGGCUCAUUUUAUUCAAAACCUAAAGAUGAAGAGGAAUGCUUCAUCAGGGUUAGUAAAAGGCAUAAGGCAAAGGUGAAGCGAGAGCAUAGGUUAGCAACCCGUGUCAAGGAAUUGCCUCACACUCCUGAUGUCUUAAUAAAAUUUAGUAAACUGUCCAUAACCCCUCCAAAAAAUACUGAUGAAGUAUCUUUAGCAAUCGUUUCUUUACAAGACUGUUUGCAACAUUUUCAUACAUUAUCUUUAGCCAAAAAUAACCAGAGUGAAACUGAAGAGAAAUUUUUAGAUGCAAGAAAAGUUAAUGAAGUAAAGGCUUGUUCAAGGCCCACCAGUUUGUGUGUGAAAAGCAAUAUAACUCCUCUUGAAUCAACAAAGGACAAUACUGUCUUGAGUCCAGUGGCCUCGUCCAGUACAGCAGACUUGGAAAAUAUUUUCCCAGGUACCUCCUCAAAUCCACAACAGCUUGCUAAUUGCAGUGUGGCACCAAGUAUUAAUGUCACCUCGCCAAACUUACCUUGGUCAGCAGUUGGGCCUGUGGAACAGUAUUCUGGCAACACUGUCUCCAGUAAUGUAAACCAAGCCAUAGAUAAUAUCCAGCAGAACCAACCUUUGUAUAAUUGUAUACAGUCUUCAAUAAACCAGAUAAUGGGGAAAAAUAACUUAGCACAAUUUGAAAGUAAUGGUAUACCAGAUAAUUCAUCGGAAAUCAAUUUAUGCAAUGAUAUUUUAUCUCAAGGAAGUAAUGAAUCUUUCUUUUCUAAGCCUGUAUCAUACCCAAGUAGUUUAGUAGAACUGAACAAUAAUGCUGGUUGUAGUUAUGCUGCAGUAGCUGCCAAAAUUAAACCAAGUACUGUUGACUAUUGAACUGUGGGUUCGGUUAUUUUUAUAUGAUUAUCAGUUUGGAUAGUGCUGUCAUAGAUGGCAUAUAUGGUCAAUCAAUUGACUUAAAUAGAAGAAAAUUCACAUUCAUUCUAGUCAUUAAUUUAAGUACUGUAAGGUGUAAAUAUUUUGUUAUUAUUAUUAUUAUUAUUAAUUUUAUUGAAUUGUUAGAAAUUUUUAAUAGUUAUAUUUUUAAUUAAAUGCAUUAAUAUUUUAAUUUAUUAUAUUUUUAACCUUAUAAUUAACCCCUUCUCCCAUAUAAAUUACUAAAUUUAAAAGAGAAACUUUCGUUUUUCUUUUUGGGCCACCCUGCCUUGGUGGGAUACGGCCGGUGUGUUGAAAGAAAGAGAAAGAAGAAACCUUAUAAUUAAUAAUGCUUGACAACAUUAAGAACUGUCCAAUUUGAUAACACUAAAUAUUCUGUAUGAGCUUAAACUAUGAUGUUGAAGUACAGUAUUUAACAAAAUAGUGUAAAAAUGAUAAAACAAUUAAAACUUUGUUAUCAGGACUUGGCAGAGAUAGCAAAGUACAUUACAUUACAGUAUUUCAUAUUAUAUAAAUAAAAGUGUUGUUUAUUGUCAUGUAAAAAACUGUAUUCCCAAUUUGGUUCUCAUUGUUAUGAAAAAUGUCACCCCAAACAGCAAAAAAAUUAUAUACAAAUACAGGAUUUUUAACUCUAAAAGAGUGAAUUCUGAUUGUAGGACAUUAUUUUAAUAGUCAGGAAUUUAAUUAUUCCCUAGAUUUGCAAAUAUAGUUCAAGCUGAUUUGGUCACCCCAAAUGUUUUGUGUGGAUGCUGGAGUAAUUCUUUUUUAAGGUAGGUUUAACCUGCAGAUAUUCCUUUUAUACAUACUGCAAUCACAUGCUUGUAUCCUCUUUUACAUUUUUGUUAAUUUUAUUCCCAUUUUCUUUUGAAAAGAGGCUGUAUGUAUGUAUUUGCUUUUUCAAAUACUAUAAGCAGAGUACAACAUAUAAACAGUUUCCAGAGAUUUAUUUCCUUGGCUGACUUCAGCCUCGUGCAGUGUCUUUGUGGACACAAUAAGAUCAUGAACUCAGGAAUAAGUGUGGAGUAUAACUGAAAUAUAUCAGUAACUUGUAUAUUAGUUUAUUAUACUCAUGGGGAUGCAUCUCAAUGUAUGUAAUAAGGCUUGAUCUGGAAGAGAGGGUAGCUCAAAUUCCUUCGAUCAAGAGCCUGUCACUGGUAACCAGGCACUUCCUUUGAAGGGAUUUUGUUUACUGCAUAUAUUCUAUGGCAUGUUUUCUUCAAGUGGGGGGGGGGGUACCUUGAUGUUGAAGGGCUCUUGAUCUGAAGACUUCUUGCUACCCUCCCUUUCUUUAAAUCAAGCCAUUCCCCAGGCACUGUAUGACUGACAGAUUUACUGCUACCCUAAUGAAUAUAAUACAGCAAUAAUUGACAGCAUGUGCAUGACUCUAAAAAGUCAUUUUCCACCAAAAAAACAAAGUGUGUAUUUUAAAUUCAUGGAUCUGAAAAUAUAUCUGUAGUAACAAGAACUCUUUUGAUGAAAUUUGGGGGCUGUGUGAUUUGUAUUAAGAGUGGAUUCAUAAUGUAGAUAGUAAAUGGCAGAAGGAUGAAUGACUACAAAUUUAGAAGUUUCUGUGGGGUAGAUACUACAAGACUUGUCUCAUGGUGAGAGAUUCUGGGCAGAAUGAAAAGAACACUUUGGAUAAAGUUCCUUACUCCAUUUGCACGUGUUUGGCACAUAGUAAAUGGGUACCUAAGUAUAUAUGUAGCUACAUAUACACAGAGUGGCAGAUCAUAUUCUGCAGGAAAAAUAUUAGGCCUAAGUUUUAAAACAAGAUCAGGUGGAAGGCGGCUUUAUUCACAAAAGUUCAUGUAUAAAAAGACCCGUUUUAACAUCAGUGAUUCAUAAGUUUUGCUGAGAAGAAUGUUCACAUUGUAAUGGUGCCAAUUUUAUUAAAUUAGUUUCUACUAUAGAUGGAGAAUGCUCUCUUCUGAUUGAUUUCAAACCCUAAAUAUUGGUGUAUCCUAAUUAUCUAAAUUUUGGGGUUGAUAUUUGGUUGAGUAGGUGCCAGUUUGCUAUUUUUUAAGAACUUGGAAAUUUUAAAUAAUGGCUUUUAUGUCAGAUUUUAAAUGCUGAUAUUUGAAGCAAGCUUUGAAUUGUUAUUGAACAUGUAGGUGCCAAUUUACAAAAUUUUGCUAUAAUUCCUCCAUUUUCUUUGUCUAGUAGCACUCAAGAGGCAUGUUAAUUCCAGUUUCUUCAACAACAUUGAAACAUUUUCUUACAGAAUUCUAUAUAUACAGUAGUUGGAAAUAGUUGAAAAGAAAACCAAAAAUAUUGAGGACUCGCAUUAUGGCUUUUUAACCCUUUUGACUGUCUUGUCCCUACUAAUGUCAGGGUUGUUUAAUAAGAUUUAUCUUCUAAGCUUAGCUCCCUCAGAUAAGCUGUGAGUGGUAAAUUUUGGCCUAGACAUGAGACACUGGGUCUGUGCAGUGAGUAUGCACCGUAUUAAAAAAUCCUGCCUCAUGAGGUGCAUAGUGGGAAUACCAAAACUCGGACCUUGUUGGGUUUAAUAUAGUGACUAUGAGGUGUUUUCUGGGAUUUUUUUUUUUUUUGAGUUUUUACUGGCUGUUUCUUGGUAUCAUUUGAUAGAGAUGAUUUUGGUUGGUUUAAAAAAUGGAAGUAGUUUUAAAUCAGGUUCAAAAUGGCAGAAAUGUUAUGUAAUAUGCUGCUGUAUAGCCCUUGUGGCUUAGCACUUCUUUUUGAUUAUAAUAAUAAUAAUAAUAAUAAUAUGUAAUAUGCUAAAAAGCAAAAGCCUCACAGAAAAUAUAGAAAAUUCUGGAAAAGAUAACAAACCAGUUGACUUUGAUCACUGGUUUGCAGGCUGUAUACCCCUCUAAUCACUGAUAGUUCUACCCUUUGGCUACACACACUCCAUACUCAUUUUCCCCCAAAUUAACUGAUUCAUUAAAGAAAACCCUUAUUUCCAGCACAACUUAUUUAAAAGAAAAGACCAUUGAUCUUGUCUCAAAUAAGUGCAGUAUAAUUACAUGGUGUAUUACUGUACUAUUAAUGUUUUCAGCAUAAUGCAAAAAUAUGAAAGUUUCAAGAGAAAAUGACUGGAUGAUGCAGUACUUAAUACAGUAUUUGGUAAGGCCUCAGAUUUAGGAAGUUAAGGGGUAGGUAAUAAAUUGUUUCCAGCAGUGCUAAAAACAAAUUUGUUAGACUUCCUAAAAUUACAAAAGUUAUAAUAUUUAGGGAAUGGCUAUACACUUUACUUUGUGGCCUCUUCCAUGUUCUCCACCUACACACUGCCCUGUAGGGAAUAUUCUUGACUACAGUAUUCUCCCAACUGAUAUUUUUAUUUUUUCCUUUAAACUGUUGCUAUACAUUUACUAAGGUAACCUUCAUUGUUUCCACACAUUAUUGUUUCUCAGCACGAGCAAGUGAUACUGUAAUUGCAUCUCUUACAUGACAAGCAUGUGAGAAUAACAUGGAAAACAUUGCAAGCAUCCUUUUAUGUUUUCAUCAUUUGUGAUCAUCUGAAAUAUUUGGAGAGGAUGCUUGUGUCCUGUCUCUUAAGAAAGGAGUUUGCUGAGGAAGCCAGUUUCAGUCAUACAGAUAUAUUGACAAAUCUGAAUGAGUUUUACAUUUAUCAACCGGUCUCCAUCCAUAAAUGCUGUUUAUAGUCUAUCCGUCCAUUAGUCAGUGACAUAUGUAGUUCGAUUUGAUAUAGCAAAAGAAAUUCAGGCAGGAUCUGUGUGCUGGCUACAACCAGUUUUUCUAAAGACAAGUUUAAUACAGAUAAGUCAGCAUAAAAAAAAAAAAAAACCUCUUAAGACACUUCACAUGUGUGUGUUAUUAAUGUACCUAUUUAUAGUUUGUAGUUAAAGAAAUGUAGCUUAUGCUUAGUUUCCCAUCAUUUAUAAUAAAUCUUUUAUAAGUUUUAACAUUUUCAGAUAGCUGAAGCACACACUACUUCCUCAAUGAACUCUUUCCAAAUGUCAGCUCUACUUUUUCUGAAGUAGUAUUUUCUAAUGACCCUACUGUACUGCUUCCUAAAUACAUAGCAGUUUGAAAAUAUGACCUUGAGUUCUCUAUUAUCUCACAAAAAUUUUAUGAUCUUAAAUGUAGUACCUUCAUCAUUAUUCUUUUACUGUGACUCAUGUCUCGACUCUGAAAUCCAUAUUGCUACAUCUAAUUUUUUCUGAGUUGUGGACACCAUACACAGUUUUAUAUUUCAAUUCUGGACUAACAUUAUACAGUGGCAAUUUAUUGUAUUAUAUUUACCCCCAAGAUCUUUAUCAGAUGUUUAUUAUAGUUUUACAUACUUUCACCCAUUUACAUUACAUUUUGUAAUCAACAUUAAAUUCAUGACUUUAAUAAUAAAUAAUACAUGCAAUCUGCUUAGUCAUUUCUUGAAUAAUUUCUGAGAUUCCUUCAUAGUAGCCCUGGGACAGGCUAUGGGAGUAGGUAAACUUGAAUUCCUUCAGAGAUGUAUCAAAGUUAUAGCUGAAUAAAUUUGAUAUAGGAAUUUGCCAGUCAAAAACAGCAAUUAGUUACCAUAGCAGCUUUUAGCUUUCCAAGUAUUUUAUCCACUUUUCUAUCUUUUUCCAGUAUUAAUACAAAAAUGCUUCAUCAUGUAAAUGGUAUACAAUACAGAAAAGUUGAUAUUUCGCCACCCAGUGGCUCAUUCAAUUCAAUGUAGAGAAUAAAUAUGAGAUGGUGGAAAGGGGUGGAUGGGUAAUGAGGCAUCAACUCCCUCAGCUUUGGGAAAUCUGAAGUAGAAGCAUGAAGAUGAAGACUUAUACAAGUGUGCCAGAGGAGAGGUGCAGCAAUUGAUAUCACAAGCAUGUAGGACCCAAUAGUGAAAAAAAGUCAUGUCAAAGAGUUGGGCCAGAGAAAGGCAAUAGGGUUGAAGAUAUUAUAUCCUCUGUACCAAAAUUCCAUGGAAUUGCUGUGUCAGAAAGUUAUCAUUGUAUUAAUGGUGUAUAAUAAUGUGUAUAAUAAUGUCCGGCAGGCCGGACUUGAGUCCUGGAGAUGGGAAGUACAGUGCCUGCACUCUGAAGGAGGGGUGUUAAUGUUGCAGUUUAAAAACUGUAGUGUAAAGCACCCUUCUGGCAAGACAGUGAUGGAGUGAAUGAUGGUGAAAGUUUUUCUUUUUUGGGCCACCCUGCCUUGGUGGGAAUCGGCCAGUGUGAUAAUAAAAAAAAAAUAAAUAAAUAAAGCACAUGUAACACUAGGGUAUCUCUACUGAUAAAGUUGUUUCGCUAACCAGUGUCUUCUUCAAUCCAUAUUCGACUGAAAAAGUCACUAGUUGGUGAAGUGUCUCCAUCAAUGAACAUAACUAGGUGUUACAUGUAUCUUAUUCAUCAAAAAUACUUCUCAACUAGUAUACAGGUCUAAAGGUAGUUCAAAGGGCCUUCUUGUCACCUUUCUUAAACACAGUAUCUAGCUUUUGCACUCUUUCUACACAGGUUAUAUUCCUCAACUUGGACAUCAACACUGCACCAUUAUAUUAACUGUAUAUAAUACUGACAAACAGAUGAAUAAGUCAUGUGUCAGAGUGAUCAGUGCUCUGGCACUGAAGUAUCAAGGCCAAGGGAGUGAAUAUGUAUCUCAAAACUACCUCUCCACUUCUAUUAAGGCUGAAGGACUGAACAUCUCAAGCUCUCAACUGUUUCCAGUGCAUUGGUCAUCCAAUUUCAACUAAAAAGCCUGCUCUGCAUGCAAAACUUUUUGGAAAUAAAGAUACCAAAAUGUUGCACAUCUGCCUUAUUCAUAAAGAACAAAAAGGCACAAUACUAUGACUGGAACAACACACGAAUACUAGUUGGAAACACGUCACAAGUUGGACCGAAACGUAGUUUAGGUCCAACUUGUGACUUUGUAAAUGAUCCAAGUCAGACUGAAAUGUCGUUGUAAGCUCCUCUCUUCUAUGUGCAUGUUAUUUGUGUAUUGUCUUAUUCAUCUAAUUGUCAGUAUUGCAUACCCUUGAGGUACUGAUACUUGUCUGACACAGCAGCAUCAUGGUAUCUUGGUACAGAGGACAUCUACAACUUUUUUGCUCUUGUGUGUCAAAAGAGUCAAAUAUGAGAAGGACCUACUUAGUAAUAUUUGCCCAAUGACUUACAAGUGGGCCCUGCCUCCUAAGAUGCAAACCUCCACACCUCACUUCUUGUCCAGUAUAUAUUGUCCCAUCUGUGUGCCUCUACUUCAUAGUAAUUGCUAUGGAACUGAGCAACUUCUAUCAAGGUUUUGUGACUGAAUACUUCAAAACUGCUUCUCCACUUCUAUCAAGGAUGAGGGAUUCAACACCUGAAACUACUUGAACUGUCUCCAGUAUAAUGGUCACCAGUGUACUGUGCCUGCUGCACAGGCAUUACUUUUUGGAAAUAAAGAUACCAAAUGAGCAUCAGUCUUGAUGCACUCCCUUUUACCUUCUCAAGUAUAAUUUUUUUAAUAAAGGGUUUCAUGCAGGUGUUCCAUACAAAAGAAUGGUUCGCACAUAAAAAGCAAUGAGCAUUUUGACUGUCUAGGUUUCUGAUUGUGAUUCUCACAUCUACUAGUUUAACCUGUGGUGACAUUCUGUUCAUGUACCCAUCAGGGAAAAAGGUUAGGGGUAAUGUGCUUUUCUUUGAACAGUUUCUGAGAACUUAUUUUCUGUCUCACUUGGUGGUUCUCCAUGUUUGGUCUCCUUUUCCCAUCUCCCAGCUUCAUAUCUUUGCUUUUGCUGGGAUGAAUGCCUUUAUCUAUUUAUUAAACCAUCCCUGAAGCCUAUCCAGGUCUUCCUGCAGCCUUUUUCUAUCCUCUAUUUGAUAUUCUCAUUAUUUUGGCAUCUAAAAACAUAGAUACAGUAUACAGGAGUUUAUUUUUACUGUGUACAAACAUGCCUUGACUGCAUGUUUAAAAUUAUUUAAGAAAUGGGGUAAAAGUAUUAAACUUUAUUGUCCUGUAUAGUGUAUUGAUUGAAUUUGUUAUACUGUAGUACAGUACUUUGUCCACUUACUCUGUAUUAUAACAUAUGCAUAGUGUGCAGUGCAGUAUUAUUACUGAUCAAAUACAAAAUAUACCUAGUUAAAAUAAACCCUGUAAUUAUUGCUGAAGUAUUUUUUUUGUUAUAUUUUAUAGUUAAGCAAUAAAAGUUCUGACUUUUUAUGCAGAACCUCAAAGUCACCCAUGAAUCACUUUUCCCGUAUAAAUGGUACAGCUAACCUCAGUAAUAUAAAAUACAGUACAGUAUGUACUAUAUUGUACAAAGUAUCUUUAUACACCAAACUUGCCAAGGAAAUUUUUGUCUGUUGUGUUUCCUUAAUAUGUAUACUUUGUUUAUAGAAAGGGAAUUCAUUUUUAUAAUUAUAAGCAGUUUUUUUAUUGUAAAUUAUACUCAGAUGCUCAGUGGCCGAAAUAACGCUAUAAGAUUGUGAAAAAUGAAUCCUUCCUUUCCAACAUACAUAAAGGGAUUACCAAUAACCCCUGGCUGUCUUCAAGAGGGAGCUGGACAGGCACCUAAAGUCAGUACCUGACCAGCUGGGCUAUGGUUCGUAAGUCGGUUUGUGUGUGGCCAGCAGUAACAGCAUGGCUGAUCAGGCCCUGAUCCACUGCAAGGCCUGGUCAAGGACUGCACUGUGGAAGCACUGACCCCUGGAACACCCUCCAGGUAUAUUCCUAAAAGUGUAAGAUAGGGAAUUUAUUUGCAUGCACACAUAUGGCUGGAGGAUUUCCAGAUAUAUCUGCCUAUUUUACCACAUUAAUUGCUCAUAAAAUGCUUAAUAUGCUUUUAUCUUGUUUAGACCAGUGCUUGCAAGUUAAAAAUGACUUCAUAUUUUUCUUAAUAAAAGUAUCACUAUUCCAAAUAACAUCUCUAUAGGAAAGUUAGAAUUUGUUACAACUUAUUCAAGAGUGUAAAAAAAUCAACAUAUCAAUGUAAAAAAAAUAUUUUAAAAGGGCACUGUAUAAUAAUUUAACCGGUUUAGUAAGUAAAGCAAUUAUGAUGUACAGGAAAAAAUAUAUGUACACAUAAACACAAGGUUAAUGUGCGACUAAAAUACUAUUGUGUUAAAAUUUAACAUGUUAUUUUAAAGGAGUAGAUGGUUAAAGAUUAAAAAAUGUGUAAUAACAUUAAGUUUACAAUCAUAUAUGAGGCUCAUAUAAAUUAUUUAAUGCAAUACAUAACUGAAGGGCCAUUGUACAAAGCAUGCAAAACUGCACAAUGUUGUAAAUACAAUAAUGGAUUUUAUCUGGAAAAUAAAUACAGGAAAAUAAAUGUAUAUAUAUUGUAUAUU